UUUUACUCGCUCAUCAUCACCACCAUUUAAACCAAUUUCAUCUUCAUCAUCACACCUUCUCCUAUCAAUAAUGUCUACCAUUAACAUCGACAAACACAAAUUUCUCGUCUUAUUUUCAUACAUUGGCACCAAGUACAGUGGAAUCCAAAGGCAAACGGCCAGAGUGUUAAAAGAAGGCAAAAGCUCAUCGGACAAUACCGUUCAAUUCUAUAUUGAGCAAUCCUUGGAAACCAUAAAUCCAAAGCCAAGCCAAGAUGUUAAAUUUUCAGUUAGCAGCAGAACUGACAGAGGUGUCCACGCUUUUGAAAACUCGGCGCAACUUGAAAUUUCCCAUCCAAAUCCAAUGGAAACUUAUUGUCCAAGUCAUCUAAUCGAAACAGCAAAUGAUUAUUUCAAAUCUCAAAAUCAUGAUAUCAAGUUAAACAAAAUUCAUCUCAUAUCACCAGAAUUUCACUUUCGUAAACAUAUUAAAUGGCGAUCUUAUUAUUAUCGUUUAGCUGUUGUCAAACCUGAAAUAUCAACCCAAUCCUCCUUUCAACCGGAAAGCUAUAUACCCAUCAAUGAGCUUAAUCGUUGUAGUCUCGUUCGAGUACCGCUGAACCUUGAUUUAGAUAUCAUGUCUGAGGCUGUUGACUAUUUCCAAGGAACUCAUAACUUCAGUGGUUUCGCCGCUUUCUCACGAAGUCUCAACUUUUAUUCUGACGAUUAUUUCACUCGAACAAUCGAUUCGAUUACCUUUAAUCAGAUUGACUGUGAACCUUUGGAAAAAAUGGAUCCCGCUUAUCGAAACAUUAACCUUUACGAAUUCAAUAUAACAUCAAAAGGUUUUCUCUACAGACAGAUUCGUCGGAUGGUAGGAGCGAUUAUCAUGGUUGGAUCAGGCCAAUUUUCCAUCGAUAGAUUCAAGAGUUUACUCGAUAAUCCCCAGGAAACUAAAUGGACAACCCAUUUUUACACAGCUCCACCCGAAGGGCUUUAUUUAUCUCAGAUCAAAUAUGAUCCUAAAGAUUUUCUUAAUCCACCAGAUUGGAGAUUAUCUGAUUCUAAAGAUGAACGGCCAAGCAAACCUUUAAUUACUACUGGACAGUUUAAUUAUGAUGCUGAAGAUGACAAUGAUAUUGAAGAUGAGAACAUAAUUAAUCAAAUUGAUUAUAACGACGAUGGAGAUAAUCAAUUUAAGUGUUUCUAGUCGCCUUCAUUGAUUUCAAAAAAAGCGCUGAAAAGUUUUUGGAUUUUGGUUCCAACGGAAACUGAUUAAGACUCGAGAAGAAGCAAAUUAAAUUAACUCAAUUUUUGAAACCCAAAUUCAUAUUAUCAAAUUAAUAGCAAAUCUAAUUGCUACUCUUGGAUAUCUAUGAUGCGAUGAUAUCAAAAACAA